AUGGAACAGGACCUUUUGGUAAUCACCAAUCUCAAGAAUGAGUUGAUCUACCAAUAUUGUGCGGCCGAUAAGGAAGAUAAAAAGACACAGCUGCUGCUGCUAGCAUACGCUUCAUUGGACAUCUUUAAAGAAGUAAGAGCUGAACAAACACAGUACUUCUAUUACUCGAUCGAUAAAUUUAUGUAUCAUAACGUUUCCUUGCUGCUGAUGCCUUCUGGCUAUAAAAUAGUAUUUGUUCACGAGUGGAAGGACCGCGAUUGGGUGUUCGGAUUGUUAAAAACAAUCCAUUCAAUAUUUUUGAAGGUAAGUUCAUUUCUUUAA